CGCGCGGCGGGGAGGCGCAGCCCCCGGAAGGUGUGAGUGAGCGGUGUGCGAGUGUGAAUGCAAGUGAGUGUGUGCGCGCCGGAGCUCUCCGGGUUUCGCGAGGCGCGCGGGUGUCAGCUUGCAGCCGGGGCUCCUCCCUCCGGCCCCCCUGCCCAGGCCGGCGAUCCCUCCUUCCUCCGCCGCUCGCCCCUCCCCGGCGGGCCAGGCGCUGGGACGCCCCGGCGGAGCAGGCGGCGGCGGCGGCGGCGAGGAGUUGGGGAGCGCUGGGCUGGGCGCUGCCUGAGGGGCCCGAGCCGAGCCGCCCCCGCCCCGGCCCCGCCGCGCCGGCCCGCUUCCCGCGGGGCCACGCCCUGUCAAACUUUGUUGCUGCGGCCGCCGCGGCGGCGAGCCGAGCGGGCCGGCGAGCGGGAGGGAGAGGGAGGGGCGGGCGCCGGGCCGGGCCGGGCCGGGCGCGGGCGGCGAGGGGCUCGGAGAGCGGCGGCCCCGGCCCGCGCGGCCCCACCAUGCCCCAGCUCGGCGGCGGCGGGGGCGGCGGGGGCGGCGGCGGCGGCGGCGGCGGCGGCUCGGGCGCCGGGGCGGCCGGCGGAGGGGACGACCUCGGGGCGAACGACGAGCUGAUCCCCUUCCAAGACGAGGGGGGCGAGGAGCAGGAGCCGAGCAGCGACAGUGCCUCUGCGCAGCGGGACUUGGACGAGGUCAAGUCGUCCCUGGUCAACGAGUCGGAAAACCAGAGCAGCAGCUCGGACUCGGAGGCGGAGAGGCGCCCGCAGCCCGCCCGGGACGCCUUCCAGAAGCCGCGGGACUAUUUCGCCGAAGUGAGGAGGCCCCAGGACGGCGCGUUCUUUAAGGGCCCCCCGUACCCUGGGUACCCGUUCCUGAUGAUCCCGGACUUGAGCAGUCCGUACCUCUCCAAUGGACCCUUGUCUCCCGGAGGAGCGCGCACGUACCUGCAGAUGAAAUGGCCCCUCCUCGAUGUCCCCUCCAGCGCCACGGUCAAGGACACCAGGUCACCAUCCCCAGCACACUUGUCUAAUAAAGUUCCUGUUGUUCAGCCCCCACAUCACAUGCACCCGUUGACGCCCCUCAUCACCUACAGCAACGACCACUUCCCCCCCGGCUCCCCUCCCACGCACCUCUCCCCAGAGAUCGACCCAAAGACAGCAGGAAUCCCCCGGCCCCCUCACCCAUCUGAGCUGUCUCCAUAUUACCCACUGUCUCCCGGAGCUGUUGGACAAAUCCCCCAUCCCCUCGGCUGGCUCGUCCCGCAGCAAGGACAGCCCAUGUACUCCCUGCCUCCUGGUGGUUUCCGGCACCCCUACCCUGCCCUCGCCAUGAACGCCUCAAUGUCCAGCCUGGUUUCCAGUCGGUUCUCUCCUCACAUGGUGGCUCCGGCCCAUCCCGGUCUGCCCACCUCAGGGAUUCCCCACCCCGCCAUCGUCUCCCCCAUCGUCAAGCAGGAGCCGGCGCCCCCCAGCCUCAGCCCGGCGGUGAGCGCGAAAUCACCAGUCACGGUGAAAAAGGAGGAAGAAAAGAAACCCCACGUGAAAAAGCCUCUGAAUGCCUUCAUGUUGUAUAUGAAGGAGAUGAGGGCCAAGGUGGUGGCUGAGUGCACCCUGAAGGAAAGUGCGGCCAUCAACCAGAUCCUGGGAAGAAAGUGGCACAACCUGUCCCGGGAAGAACAGGCCAAGUACUAUGAACUGGCACGGAAGGAGCGGCAGCUUCACUCCCAGCUCUACCCGACCUGGUCAGCCCGGGACAACUACGGUAAGAAAAAGAAGAGGAAGAGAGAAAAGCAGCUGUCACAGACACAGUCCCAGCAGCAAGUCCAAGAGGCUGAGGGUGCUCUGGCCUCCAAAAGCAAGAAGCCAUGUGUCCAGUACCUGCCCCCUGAGAAGUCCUGUGACAGCCCCGCCUCCUCCCACGGCAGCAUGCUGGACUCCCCGGCCACCCCCUCCGCAGCCUUGGCGUCCCCGGCUGCCCCUGCAGCGACCCACUCGGAGCAAGCCCAGCCCCUUUCUCUCACCACCAAGCCGGAAAGCCGGGCCCAGCUGGCUUUACACUCGGCUGCCUUCCUGUCAGCCAAGGCGACAGCCACCUCUUCUGGCCAGAUGGGCAGCCAGCCCCCGCUCCUGUCCCGGCCCCUCCCCCUCGGGUCCCUGCCCACAGCUCUGCUGACUUCUCCCCCGUCCUUCCCGGCCGCGCUCCAUGCCCACCAGGCCCUUCCAGUCCUCCAGGCCCAGCCUCUUUCCUUGGUCACCAAGUCUGCCCACUGAGCUGCCCCCUGACCCAUGCAGGCUGUCAAGUGACUCGUCGAGUAGUAAUGAUUCAGAAGAAAGGAGAAAAAAAAAAAAAGGAAACUUUAUUGGUCAAUAUUUGACCACUCUGGACUGUUCUGUAAAGUGACUGGUAACAGCAGCACUUUACGUUUUGUAGAUGUAACCAGUAGCUGACCUUAAGGCUUUUUUAAAAAACAAAACAAAACUAUAAAAAAAAAUCUUUAAAAGAAAGAGAACUGAAAAGUAGUGUGUUAUUCUUCCUGUAUGUGCAGUGGUGGAUGGACCUGGGCAGAAGACCCCCUUUCUCUCUACACCUCUUUCCCUUUCUGCCCUGCUCCUCUUCUCGGACCUCCCACGUGCCCUCCGCCCCUUCCCAGUCCGCAUGUCGGCCACAGCCGGACUUCUGCCUGUUACCUCUUCAUCUAGAUCCCGUUCCUGGACAUUCCCUUUGACCUCGCCAAGUUUUUCUGCUUUGCUCAACUGUAUCAUCUUCGUCCUCUGCCCAGUGUAAGACUGUUACCACGCGAGAAGCCACCUUUGCCUGAUUUUUGUCUCCACCAGCGUCCCCUUUCCCUCAGUGGGCCCUAACGCAACAGCCUCCAGCUUUUGGUGGGCAAACAGGUCCUCUGAAAUGGUUCUUGCCCACGUUGAAAGGGAUUCAAGGUGCCUGCCACUUCCUCGGUGAAGAAGUCUCUGUGCCACCCCCUCACCAGUCAAGACCUCCCCUCACAGUCCCAGAGUGGCAGAUGGGACCUGGCCCCAAGGCCUGGCUCUUGUCCCCUGGGUCAGUGCUAGCACAAUCUGCCAAAGGUCUAAACGCCCUCCCCCCUCCCCCUUUCACCUCACAUGCUUCUUCUGUGUGUAUUUCUUUUUGUUUUUAUGGGGUUUUUUGGAGCAAUUUAAACUUCCAGUUGUUUAUUUUCACAAAAGAAAAUAAAAUUGCAGUUGCAAGACCUUU